AUGAAGGCGGUGAUUCAUUCCCCGUUUCCUAACUUUUCAGCUAUGAGCAAAGUCUCUUUCCGGGCACGUCAGAUAGAUUUUAACAAGCCGUUACCUAUUCUGAAGAAUGGAUCUGAUUUGCUCACGGAGUUCAGUGAAAAUGCCCUUGUCAACCGCGGGGUUCCCCAGAUUCCGAGUGGAAUGGAGAAGGAGGAGGAAAAUGUAAAUACCAUUGAAAUUCUUUGCUUUUGCGAUCUUUUCUUUUAUUUCGUUCGUUUGUGUCUCAUAGCCGUAGUUUUGGCAGAAGAUGAACCUACGGAAUAUGAUAUGGAUACGGAGGAUGAAGAUUGGUUAAGUAAAAGCGAUCUAGGCAUUUCACCUGAAAAGUUUGAGUCCAUGAUUGACCGCCUGGAAAGAGGCUGCGGUCAAAAGGUUAUGAAUUUAGAGGAGGCGAAAUAUUUGUUGCAGGAUGACCCCUCACUCGUGAUUGCUGUAUACGAUUACUGGCUUAAUAAACGCGUCCAAAGCAGACAACCUCUGUUGUUUGCUAUUCGUCAGGAAAGACGCGAUGGUGGGAGCAAUGCUGACCCCUACGUUGCUUUCCGUCGAAGAAGUGAAAAAAUGCAGACACGCAAAAAUCGCAAGAACGAUGAACAGUCGUAUGAAAAGAUGCUUAUCCUCAGGGAUCAAAUGGAUCGUGAAGUGGUUAAAGAAGCGCUUGUUCAGUGCGACUUUCGCUGUUUUCAAGCACGAUACAAACUUCGCGACUGGGAUGGCGCUCAUCUUAAUGAAGCCGAAAACGUCAGCCGCAAGGCACAGGCACCUGUAGAUGCACCACCAGCGCGUACUGCCAAAGUAUGUCCACGAUUUGUUAUUCCGCUUAUUUUCCAUUUGCAGAGUCAGAUAAGAAAACGGCCCAGCAGGAAGAGAAAGUUGACGCAACGCGCAUUAAACCUCUCAGUUCGCACUCAAAGCUCCGAGGACGUGUCCGAUGGAGAGCUUGGCGAAUCCAAUACCGACGGGCCGUUCGCCUUCAUACGAACACCGGGUUGUCGGUAUUUGAAACCAAGGUAUUUUAAUUGUCUGCGCGUCAGCAUUCCCCAUCCAACUUCCAGUGUUCGCUUAUUGUUGGACGCCUACCCUGCUUACGGACGGUUUAUCUGCGUGCUAGUUACGAGCAUAAGCAGUAGGCCGUCAGACAUUUGGUUCCAACAUAAGUCUACUGAUCUUUCGUUUUGGGUGACAGCAGUUGUGCAUACGCCAAUCAGUAACUUAUUCUUGAUAACAUUUCUAUUGUAUAGCUCUCAGGCGGGCUUCACAACGUCCAGCCAACUUUGUACUCAGCCGUUCACAAAUACAUAUAUUUUCUGCAAUAACCAAACGAAGUCUCGUGCGUUUCACUUAGCGGAGUCGUCGGCUUUAGUAGCUAGUGGGGUUUUGACACUUGCAAUGGCCUCCACCCAUUCCUCCCGGAGACUUUUUGUUCGCAACGUGUUUGAUCCGUAUAAACUUUGA